AAGAUUUUUUAACCUAUUUAUUAUUUUAAUAAUAUAAUUUUAUUAUGAUUACGUGAGUGUGGUGCUACUUACACAAUCUUGUAUCUCUAUAUAAACCCCCACCCUUCCAUCCCCUUUCUUCUUGGGUUUUCAUCUUGUUCUCACCCUCGAGCCCCACCCUCACCCUUUCCUUCAAUGGCGGUUUCUUCUUCACCUUCAUCCAAAAAACAAGAAACCAUUCACUUUGACCCAAGUGCCCCUCCUCCCUUCAAGGUGGCGGACAUUCGGGCCGCCAUUCCGGCUCAUUGUUGGGUCAAGAACCCAUGGCGGUCACUUGGAUAUGUUCUUAGGGACAUUUUGGUCAUUUCAUCGCUCGUCGCCAUUGCGGUUUUGUUCAAAAAUUGUUCGUGGGUCUGGCCGGUUUAUUGGGUGGCUCAAGGGACAAUGUUUUGGGCUAUAUUUGUUCUUGGUCAUGAUUGUGGGCAUGGAAGCUUUUCAGACAUCCCUAAUCUCAAUAGCAUUGUGGGCCACAUCUUGCAUUCGGCCAUCCUCGUACCCUAUCAUGGGUGGAGAAUCAGUCAUAGAACCCAUCAUCAAAACCAUGGUCAUGUCGAAAAUGAUGAAUCAUGGGUGCCGUUGACGGAAAAAACUUACACGAAAUUAGAUGCUCCGACAAAGCUGCUCAGAUUCAAAGUCCCCCUUCCCUUAUUCGCAUACCCUUUAUACUUGUGGAAAAGGAGCCCCGGGAAAUCAGGGUCACAUUUCAACCCAUAUAGUGACAUGUUUGCCCCAAAUGAAAGGGGUUAUAUAGUGACAUCGACUUUGUGUUGGACUCUAAUGGUGGCAAUUCUAGUCUAUUUAUCAACUGUGAUUGGCCCAACCCUAUUGUUCAAGCUUUAUAUAGUUCCUUAUUUGAUAUUUGUGAUGUGGUUGGAUUUUGUUACUUAUUUACAUCACCAUGGGCAUGAGCAAAAGCUUCCUUGGUACCGCGGCAAGGAAUGGAGUUAUUUGAGGGGAGGGUUGACCACCGUUGACCGGGAUUACGGGAUCUUCAACAACAUCCAUCAUGACAUCGGCACUCAUGUCGUCCAUCAUCUUUUCCCGCAAAUCCCACACUAUCACUUGAUAGAAGCGACAAAUGCGGCAAAGCCGGUGCUUGGGAACUAUUAUCGAGAGCCCAAAAAGUCCGGUCCAAUACCAAUUCACUUGAUAGAUAACUUGGUUAGAAGCAUCAAACAAGACCAUUACGUUAGCGACUCUGGUGACAUCGUUUACUACCAAACCGAUUAUCGAAUGAUGGGCAAGAAGAUCGAGUGACUAGACCUGAAUUCCAAGAUUUCAUUAUGAGAGAAAAGGCUUAAGAAGGAAAAUAAAACACUUACAUUAGUGCAUUGUUGGAUAUUGAAUCAUGAAAGUUUUGUAAUUUGAUUUUAAUUGGUGAAGGGAUCAUAUUACUAAACUUUGUUUUGUUUCAGGUUGAGUAUUAUCUUUGUGCUAUAAAGUAUAAAAACAAUAAUUGAUA